AUGUAUGAAUCUGGGCUGAUGGAUUCAGAAAAGCAAGCCAUGGAUUCGGCAUCGCAGCUGCCACCAGAUGGAAGAAGGUUAGCCUGGAUGAGCCCCCUCCAUUCCUCGCCAGUGCACCCGCUGGACGACGAGGACCUCCUCCAGGAGAUUCUCCUCCGCCUGCCUCCUCAGCCAUCCUCUUUCCCCCGUGCUUCCCUCGUCUGCCCGCGCUGGCAUUGCAUCCUCUCCGACCCCAAGUUCAUCAAACGCUUCCGUAGACACCACCGGAAACCCGCGCUUCUUGGUUUCUUCUUCUCAGAAACGGGCUUUCCCACCGUCUUCAAACCCGCCCUCGGCCCACCUGAUCGCAUCCCUGCCGAGCGCUUCUCCUUGCCCAAGAAUAGAUUCUAUGCCAGCCAGCACUUUCUCGGUUGCCGCCAUGGCCUCGCCGUCCUGACCAACUUGCACCUCCGCGAGAUUAUCGUGUGGGAUCCCCUCAGCGGCCAACAACACCGCGUGGCCUUUCCACCGGGGCUUGACGACAACAAAGUGAUGUACUGGCAUGCCGAACUGUUGUGCGCUGAUGCCGAAGAUGGGCACGUACACGGGGAUUGCUUCUCGAGCCCGUUCAAAUUGGUCGCAAUCUGGGUCGUCAGAUGCACGCAGGCAUUUGCUUGCCUCUAUGAGUCAGCAACCGGUGUAUGGGGAGACACUGUCUUCACGGAGGUUACAAAUCAGAUUUAUAAUUAUAGCAUGAGGCCUGGCGUUCUUACUGGGAAUGCACUUUGUUGGUUGCUUUCUGGAGGUGACGUUCUGGCAUUUUGUCUUCAAAGCCAGAGCCUUCGUGUGAUGAACAAGCCGUUGGGAAUCAAGUACACCUCCGGAUCUAUUCAGCUCUUAAGAACAGAGGAUUCUGGUCUUGGCCUCGCAUAUUUGUCAGAACUGACCAUUCAAUUAUGGGAGAGGAAAUCAAAUUUUUAUGGCGUCACCGGAUGGGUGCUUCUGCAAAAAACUAUUGAAUUGCAGGAGGUCUUUCCACACGGAAUGUUUAGUGAGAGGAAAAGGGUGCACAUAACAGGGUAUGCUGAGGAGACAAAUAUGAUUGUUCUGUCUGUGUUGAGAGAUGACUUCAUGCUGCAAGUUGACACCAUGGAGAUCAAACAUAUUCAGCAAAGAAAAGGAGAUGGAUUUACCUUUCCGUACGCAAAUUUCUAUGUUCCAGGUAUGGAAGUUGCUGGUGGAGACAUGGGAGAUGAAAAUUUGGACGUACUGGAUGAACUAAUGCACUAUCUUGGUGUCCCUGCUCAUCUUGAUGUUGAUGAGUUUUGA